CAUGAAAAAAUAAAGUGAGAAUGAGAAGAUUGCUAUUUAUGCAUCAUAGAUGAUGAAAUUGCAUGGGAAAAUCUUAGAGAAGAAAUUGACAAAAAUGCCUUCAAAACAGUAAUUUGAAAGUCAAUCUCAAAAUAUCUCGAAUAAUAAUAGUCCUGCAGUUGGAAGACAAAAGUCCUAUGAAAAUUUAUUAAAAGUAAAUAGAACAUUCAUAAACCCAACACUUUAAGUGUCCUAACAAAAAUUAUGCAGCAUUUUAAAUGUGAUGGCAGGCUAACAGACGAAACCUAAAAAUUAAUGUUUAUUUAACAAUGAAUUAAUCGACACAGUGAAGAUAUCUCAUAAAUUAAGAAAGAAUUAAUCUAUGAUUCAAAUGGAGCAAUAAUCCCCUUAACUUACUAAAAACUCAUCUUUUCAUAGACCUAAUUCAAGUGUGAAGAUAAAGAAUAGUAAUAGUGUUUCUUGUGAUUAGACUCAAAUUCAAAAAAUAAAAGAAAAGAUCAAAUUGCUUUUACAAGAAAGAGAGAAUAAUUGGUAAUAGGAUUAAAAAGAAAUGGCAUUUAUGAUUAAAUUUAAUUAAACUCUUAAUUAGCUAUUAGCAAUCAUGUUUUAAGAUUAAUAAAGUGUUUAGCCAGCAUCAACUUAAGAUUCAAAUCAAGCCCUAUAAAUAGAUCAUUUCUUUAAGAGAUAAAUAUAGAUUCUAUAACAUUCAUUUUAAUAACAAAUAGAAAAGAAGAAAAUGGAAAAUAUACUUGUUUCAAUCAAAAAGAAGCAUGAAAGUCUAUUAUAAGAGCAUAAUUAGUUAUUAGAAGUUAAGAAGUCUUAAGAUGAAAUAAUUGUUAAUUUAUAAUAACAAAUAAAUGGAUUAUCAGCUUAGAUCAGAGAGUAGGAUCAUAUAUGUUAAAAUGACACAGGUAUAUAUAUAUAAUAAUUAUAGAAAUCUUAGAAUUGAAAUAUUUAGUGUAAGGAUAAUUUGAAGCAAUCUAAAAAUUACUUUAAAGAGAGUAAUUAACUAAAAUAUUCUUGAAACGAGUUGGUGAUAGUUCAAUAAUAGAGUAUUAUACAAUUUUAAUUUAGAAUGUUCGAAUAAUUUAUCUCAAAUGCAGAAUAAGGAAAUCAAGAUGAAACAGAAGGAAAUUUAAAUAUAGAUAUAAACCCUAUAAAUCAACCUAAUACUCUUAAUAAACUUCAAACUCCUAAAUAGAAAAUUAGUUCUCCUGAAUAAAAUACUUAUCCUCUCUAAAUCUUAUCCUAAUAUGAGGAUAAUUAUAAGUAACAGUUAAAUUUAUGUGACUCUUUAUUGGCAGAUGAUUCAAGUAUUAGUUAUAUAAUUUGUAAAUAGGAAUAAAUGAUUCUGAAGAAAGUAGUUUUGAAUAUAAAGGAAAGGAAUAAGCCACUGAGAUAAGUUGUUACUUCAACUUGGCAUCUCAAUUUGUUUAGCCACAGAUGAAUAAAAAGAGUAAUUAGAUAAUUUCAAAAGAGAAAUUAAAAAUAAAUAUGAUGGAUGUCUUAUUAGCUUAAGCUGCGUAUUUUAAAUUAUAUAAAUUUUAUGUAGUUAAAAACAUUAAGAAAUUUUAGAAUAAUAACAAUAACAGUAAUAGAAGAUUUUGCCUGAUGACUUACUGGAUGAAGAUUAAAUAGAUUCAAACUAAUCUGAUGAGGAGGUAUUUAAUUCUUAGAAAUUAGUAUUGAAAAUUUGA